UGAUCUUUUUCAGCUUCAUUGGACUGAUUAAGAACCCAUGGGAUGAGAGGGAGAGCCGGCCAUUUUUAUUCAGCCUCUAGCUUGGCAAUGGCCGCGAGGGUGUGGAGCGUGCCAGCGACCUGGAGCUUCACCUGAUCACCGUGCGUGCGUGCUGAAGCAUCUGAUGCGCUUGCGCAGUUGCGCUGCGCAGCAGGUCAGGAGCUGCUCACCGUUGUAUAAGAAGCGUAUCAGAAGCAGUAAAUAGCCCUCAAGUUCAGGGACAAGUUUCCUCUGAUCUGCACCCAGCUACAGAACGUCAGGAAGAGUUGGAACUCGCGAGCUAGCAAUGGACAACCACCCGCUGCCCUACACCACCCAGCCAACGGCGACCGGCGCGGUGCCCGGAGCCCCGGUGCCAGGCGUUCCUGGGACACCGCCGGUGCCGCACCACCACCUGCUCCAGCAGCAGCAAGCCCAGCUGCAGGCGUUCUGGGCGUACCAGCGGCAGGAGGCGGAGCGCGCGUCGGCGUCGGAUUUCAAGAACCACCAGCUGCCGCUUGCGCGGAUCAAGAAGAUCAUGAAGGCUGACGAGGACGUGCGCAUGAUCUCCGCUGAGGCGCCUGUGAUGUUCGCCAAGGCGUGCGAGCUCUUCAUCCUCGAGCUCACCAUCCGCUCCUGGCUCCAUGCCGAGGAGAACAAGCGCCGCACCCUGCAGCGCAACGACGUCGCCGCCGCCAUCGCACGCACCGACGUCUUCGACUUCCUCGUCGACAUUGUGCCAAGGGAGGAGGCCAAGGAGGAGCCCGGCAGUGCAGCCCUCGGGUUCGCCUCUGCCGGAGGGGUCGGCGCCGGGGGCCAAGCGGCCGGGCUGCCGUACUACUAUCCGCCGAUGGGGCAGCCGGCGGCCCCGAUGAUGCCGGCCUGGCAUGUUCCGGCAUGGGACCCGGCGUGGCAGCAGGGAGGGGCGGACGUAGAUCAGGGCGCCGGGAGCUUCGGCGAGGAAGGGCAAGGGUUUACGGCGGGUCAUGGUGGUUCAGCUGGCUUCCCUCCGGGGCCUCCGAGCUCCGAGUGAUCGCUGCAAGGCCGUAGCUAGUCUUGAGCUGUACCCGGUGUGGCACUCCUUGGAUACUCAAUGUACGCUGUUUAACAUGGCACACAGGGGGGAAAUAGACGCGAAGAAGUGAUGUGUAACUUUGUAACAAUUUGUAAAUUAUUAUAUUCCAUAAGAAGAGAAAGUAUCACGUGUCUCCUUACACUA